AUGUCUUCGUUUGAUAUACUUACAUUUCUGGAAUGUUACCAGCAAUACCCUUGUCUAUGGGAUAAGUCCAUUUCAGAAUAUAAGGAUAGAAAUAAACGGGAUCAAGCGGAAGAAGCGUUUUUAAACAUUUUUAAAUUAGAAAACGUAUUGAGGGUAAAAAUUAGAUCAAUUCGAGGAACAUACAACAAUGAAUUUCGAAAGGUGAAAAAAUCAAUGACAACUGGUUCUAGUGAUGAUGAAAUUUAUAAGCCCAAGCUCCACUGGUAUAAUUUUGCUCACGGCUUCCUUUCCAAAAACCAAGAAUUUGAACCUGAUAAUAGUAUGUCGCAACACAAGUGUUGGUACGUGUGA